AUGCCUUACGCUGGAAACCCAUUAUCAGACGUCGAGACUAAGAUCUCACAAAUUGUCUCUAUCAUUGCGGCAUAUCGCCAUUGUUCUACUGCCGUCCCCGAUCGCUUCUCCAAGUUCGUCCCUACGCUUGAGAGGCAGAUCGGAGAUAUCAUCUCCAAGAAAGAAGCAGUCCGUUUCAUCCUUCCGGCUUUCCCCUUCAAGGCCCCAGUCGAGGGAAGCAAGCGCAAGACCCUUGGUCCUCUGCCAGACAAGGCCGAAGAAGUCGCCUUGCAGACGCUCAAUGGACUUGCCGAGUCUAUUACCGAAAUCUACGAGGGUGGUGCUAAAGUUGUGAUAGUGUCAGACGCAUCAGUUUAUGGCGAUCUUCUGAAUAUCGCCGAGAGCGAUGCUUUCGCUUACCAUCAAGAGCUUCAGAAGCUGGCCGCAUCUCUGGGCCUUCGCCGUCUGGAAUUCACCCGCCCCGGAGCCCUGGCUGGCAUUGUGCCACAGGAGGCUCAGACUCUUGAGGAAUAUUCCGACUUUGUGAUCAAGACUCGUAACCACCUCGAUCACUCAAUGUCCCACGUUCCAUCGGCCGAGGAUGAGAACCGACAAGCGACCAGCCGACACUACGACACGGCUCUCCCGGAGAGCAAUCAUCCUGCAGCUCUGAAGAAUGCUAUGCUCCAGCGAGGCAAGGCUUACGCAACUUUGUUGGAAUCUGCUGCGCCAUCAGCCAUCCGCUUGUCGAUCCAUGAGUCCAACAAUGUUGGAAAGAUCACAGUUGACCUGUUUCCACCUGCGACCAACCCUGAUUUCAUCACCCCAUGGCAUGGGGCUAUAGCACUUCUGCCCGACGCCAGCCUGCGUAUGGUUGACGCAUCUACAAUCGACAUGAACGAAUUCGAGGUGGUCAACAACGCCGCAGGCCAUCCAUGGUUGCUGCGUGCCAAGUGCGACCUGUUCAACUGGCCAGGUAUGGAGGUCGACUUUGAGCCACUUUUCCCUUGUGGCAUGCAGGUCCGUCCAAAAGAAGGGCACGGGCCCUUCAAAUUUGAGGACGUCGAUAUGAAGCGUGUACGUCGGCUCGCUCUAUCCUCCGCACCUCUUCUCCUGCGCGGGUUCACAAUGGAAAUUGAGAAAGAAGUCUUCCGCGAGAAGGCACGCCAGCUUGGUGAGAUUCAACAAUGGCCGUUUGGUGAUAUCCUCGAAGUUCGCGAGAACGCAGAUAUCAACAUGAACAACGUGCUCACGCGCGAGGCUAUGCCUUUCCACUACGAUGGAGUAUUCAAGAUGGUCCAGGACGAAAAGACAGGCGAAUGGAUCUCUACCCCACCUCUCUUCCAAAUGUUCCGGAACCGCGCAGCCUCGCAGUCCGAGGGUGGCGCUACACUCUUCGCAUCAUCGCGUAAUCUCCUGCCACUCCUAGGACCUGAGACUAUCUCUCUCGAGGAGCUGCGCUCGCUGAAAUGGAAGACCUUCACGGAAGUCAACGAUGCAUUCGGCGGUCACGAUCUCCAUCUGCCUUUCAUCGCUGCCCACCCAGAAACCGGCGCCGAUACUUUCCGUAUUCAUGAGCCUUGGCCCGAAUCAAAGUGCAUCGCUGGAAGCAGCAAGCCAACUAUCGUGCAGGUUGUCGGUUGGCCUGAGGCUGAGAGUGAUGCGCUUUGCGAGAAGCUAACUGCUCUGCUCUAUGACCGCCGUGUCGUAUAUCAUCACCAGUGGAAGGCUGGCGACUUUAUCUUCAAUGACAAUGCUACUACUCACCAUACUCGCACUGCAUUCACUGAGGGUCACCGCGAGCACUGGCGUGUGCAUGUGAACUAG